UGAAUUAUAGAAGGGAAAAUGGUCAAGAUGUUGACCCGCUGUAGCUGCAAUAAUAUAGGAUCCAUCUCCCCGAAAACCACUCAUUCAACAUUGGGAAAUUUAUGUUUCACAGAACACCACAAAAAACACAAGAAAUUAAAAAAAUUAAAUGUGUUCUUCACAGAUUCCGAAAAAACUGCCAUUUCAAUCCCAAUUUCUUGCAUUAAAUAGCACCGAGCUUGUUUUCGACGAUAACUCAACGAUCUUAAUUGGACCGCAUUCAAGCAAUGGCAAUGGCAAUGGCGAUGAUUCAGAGUUUGGCUCUGUUCUUGACCUGCAUUGCAGCGAUAUGGAUUUGCAAUGAAAAUAUAAUUGCGAGUGCUGCCUCGCCGUUGUCGCCUCGGCCGAGUGCGGUGGAUUGCCCGGCGGUGGUGUAUGCGAUACUGCCGUGCGUGAAUUACAUCACGAUCGGGAGCACGAUGACGAUGCCCUCGGAAGUUUGCUGCAAGAAUGUGGAAAGUGUGAUGAAAUGGAAUGCUAAAUGUAUGUGCGUUGGGUUGAAGCAGAGCGAGAGCUUGGGGAUUCAAUUGAAUGUUACUAGAGCGAUUGAUCUUCCUGCGACUUGUGGAAUUUCGACUCCGCUUUCUGAUUGCGGCUGUGCGUUUGAUUUUAUUCUUGUUUGAAAAUUUGUUCGUCUGCUUCGAAU